GCCAAUAGGAGCCGCGCUGGCUGGAGAGUAAUGUUACAGAGCGGAGAGAGUGAGGAGGCUGCGUCUGGCUCCCGCUCUCACAGCCAUUGCAGUACAUUGAGCUCCAUAGAGACAGCGCCGGGGCAAGUGAGAGCCGGACGGGCACUGGGCGACUCUGUGCCUCGCUGAGGAAAAAUAACUAAACAUGGGCAAAGGAGAUCCUAAGAAGCCGAGAGGCAAAAUGUCAUCAUAUGCAUUUUUUGUGCAAACUUGUCGGGAGGAGCAUAAGAAGAAGCACCCAGAUGCUUCAGUCAACUUCUCAGAGUUUUCUAAGAAGUGCUCAGAGAGGUGGAAGACCAUGUCUGCUAAAGAGAAAGGAAAAUUUGAAGAUAUGGCAAAGGCGGACAAGGCCCGUUAUGAAAGAGAAAUGAAAACCUAUAUCCCUCCCAAAGGGGAGACAAAAAAGAAGUUCAAGGAUCCCAAUGCACCCAAGAGGCCUCCUUCGGCCUUCUUCCUGUUCUGCUCUGAGUAUCGCCCAAAAAUCAAAGGAGAACAUCCUGGCCUGUCCAUUGGUGAUGUUGCGAAGAAACUGGGAGAGAUGUGGAAUAACACUGCUGCAGAUGACAAGCAGCCUUAUGAAAAGAAGGCUGCGAAGCUGAAGGAAAAAUACGAAAAGUUCUAGUUAUUUCUGGAGUUGCUGUGGAUCUACAGAUACGUGAUAUUUUGGUAUAACUAGAAUCUUGAUUUCUUUCAUAAAGUUCUGCCAUGUUCUAUUUCUUUCCUUAAUGUUUUUUUCUUCCCUACUGUUUUAUCCUCCCUUUGCUUUGGAAGGAUAUUGCUGCAUAUCGAGCUAAAGGAAAGCCUGAUGCAGCAAAAAAAGGAGUUGUCAAGGCUGAAAAAAGCAAGAAAAAGAAGGAAGAGGAGGAAGAUGAGGAAGAUGAAGAGGAUGAGGAGGAGGAGGAAGAUGAAGAAGAUGAAGAUGAAGAAGAAGAUGAUGAUGAUGAAUAAGUUGGUUCUAGCGCAGUUUUUUUUUUUCUUGUCUAUAAAGCAUUUAACCCCCCUGUACACAACUCACUCCUUUUAAAGAAAAAAAUUGAAAUGUAAGGCUGUGUAAGAUUUGUUUUUAAACUGUACAGUGUCUUUUUUUGUAUAGUUAACACACUACCGAAUGUGUCUUUAGAUAGCCCUGUCCUGGUGGUAUUUUCAAUAGCCACUAACCUUGCCUGGUACAGUAUGGGGGUUGUAAAUUGGCAUGGAAAUUUAAAGCAGGUUCUUGUUGGUGCACAGCACAAAUUAGUUAUAUAUGGGGAUGGUAGUUUUUUCAUCUUCAGUUGUCUCUGAUGCAGCUUAUACGAAAUAAUUGUUGUUCUGUUAACUGAAUACCACUCUGUAAUUGCAAAAAAAAAAAAAAAGUUGCAGCUGUUUUGUUGACAUUCUGAAUGCUUCUAAGUAAAUACAAUUUUUUUUAUUAGUAUUGUUGUCCUUUUCAUAGGUCUGAAAUUUUUCUUCUUGAGGGGAAGCUAGUCUUUUGCUUUUGCCCAUUUUGAAUCACAUGAAUUAUUACAGUGUUUAUCCUUUCAUAUAGUUAGCUAAUAAAAAGCUUUUGUCUACACACCCUGCAUAUCAUAAUGGGGGUAAAAUUAAGUUGAGAUAGUUUUCAUCCAUAACUGAACAUCCAAAAUCUUGAUCAGUUAAGAAAUUUCACAUAGCCCACUUAACAUUUACAAACUGAAGAGUAAUCAAUCUACUCAAAGCAUAGGAUUAUUAGAAUCAAACAUUUUGAAAGUCUGUCCUUGAAGGACUAAUAGAAAAGUAUGUUCUAACCUUUACAUGAGGACUCUAUUCUUUAACUCCCAUUACCAUGUAAUGGCAGUUAUAUUUUGCAGUUCCCACAUUAAAGAAGACCCGAGAAUGUAUCCCCAAAAGCGUGAGCUUAAAAUACAAGACUGCCAUAUUAAAUUUUUUGUUGACAUUAGUCUCAGUGAAGACUAUGAAAAUGCUGGCUAUAGAUGUCUUUUCCCAUUUAUCUAAAUAUGGACUGCUCAGGAAACGAGACUUUCCAUUACAAGUAUUUUUAAUUAAUUGGGCCAGCUUUUAAAACAAAGAUGCCACAUUCAAAAUAGGGUAUAUUUUCCUAUAUUAUGGUUUGCCCCUUUAUAAAUCCAAGUAGAUAGGAGGAAAGAAGACACCUAAACUUUGCAUCUCAGUAUGAAUUAUUCAAUUUAUUUGAAUGAUUUUUCUUUACAAAACAAACUCAUUCAUUAGUCAUGUUUAUCUGCUUAGCAGUUUAGGGAACAAUUUGGCAAUUUUGUGGUUUUCGAGAAUAUCGUUUUCUUAAAGUGCCAGUAUUUUAAAAUAGCGUUCUUGUAAUUUUACACGCUUUUGUGAUGGAGUGCUGUUUUGUUAUAUAAUUUUGACUUGGAUUCUUUCCAUUUGCAUUUGUUUAUGUAAUUUCAGGAGGAAUACUGAACAUCUGAGUCCUGGAUGAUACUAAUAAACUAAUAAUUGCAGAGGUUUUAAAUA